AUGGGCUUCAACCUCGCGCCGUCGUCGAGCAAGGGCAUGAACGAUAUUCCCCGCAGCGCACGCUUCCUCUUUUCCGGGCCGCCGCCGAAGCGCGAGAAGCACGAAAAGGAAAAGGAGGCGAUGCGCAUCCGCCCCAACGAGCGCCUAAGCGACUUUAACCAGCGUGUCGAGAGCGCGUUUUCGUCGGAUAUCAAUGCUACGAUGCGCCGCGAGAAUAGGUCCGAGUCGAAUACCAAGAAGCGCGCACGGAGGCGUGAGCUUCUCAAGGCCAAGAAGCGCAAGGCGGAUCCGGAGCAGGCGCACGAGGAGGCCGCCGCAGACUGGAAGCGUGCAGCCGCAUCGCGCUCGCUGCACGACGUUGCGCAGGCGCCGCCGACACUGACCGUGCGCCCGAAAGAACGCAAGAAGCCGCUCAUGGCCGUCGAGGCACAGGCAGCUGCACGCCCGAAGCCGUCGCUCGCUCGGCAGCGUAUUCUGGACGAGGAGCGGACGCGCGCCGUGCAGCAGUACCGUGCGCUGAAGAAGGACGGCGCGCAAAAGGAGGAUCUGUACGAGUAG